GGCACGGGACACCGGACAAGCAGCGGUCUGUGAGUAGUGAGUACAUCUCGGCUCAGUGUCGCUCAAUCUGCGGCGCGCGUAAGUCGUGCGUCGAGCGCGCGUGAAGUGAUGUCUGCGAGAUGAGGCUGUCGCUGGUGUUGUUGUGGCUCGGUGCGGCAACAGCUUGCGGGCCGGGCCGGGGGUUCACUCGCCGCCACGGACCGCGCCGCAUAACGCCCCUCGUGUUCAACCAGCACGACCCAAACAUUAGUGAGAACUCCAAAACCGCCAGUGGCCCUCCCGAGGGCCGCAUCACUAGAGACGACGACAAGUUCAGAGACUUAGUGCCUAAUUAUAAUCCUGACAUCGAGUUCAGGGAUGAGGAAGGAACGGGCGCCGAUCGCCUCAUGACGCAGCGUUGCAAGGAGAAGUUGAACACACUUGCGAUAAGCGUGAUGAACCAGUGGCCCGGUGUACGGCUGAGGGUGAUUGAGGGUUGGGAUGAGGAGAACUCUCACGUGGACAACUCACUGCACUACGAAGGAAGAGCAGUUGACUUGACGACCAGCGACAGAGACCGGAGCAAGUACGGCAUGCUGGCGAGACUGGCGGUGGAGGCUGGCUUCGACUGGGUGUUCUACGAGAGUCGCUCCUACAUACAUUGUUCCGUCAAAACAGAAUCUUCUGUUGGAACUGGUGCUGGUUGCUUCCCAGCCGGAGCAAUAGUGCACACUGAAGAUGGACCCCGAGAUAUCGAAACUUUAAAGAAGGGAGAUCGAGUGUUGGCCGCAGACGACGACGGCAAAACUGUCUACUCCGAGGUUAUAACAUUCAUCGAUCGAGAUCCAAACGCGACGAGAAGCUUUGUGGAAAUCACAGCGGAAAAUGGCGUCAAAAUCACAACGACGCCUUCUCAUUUGUUGCUCCUAGCGGCGCCAAAUAUGUGGAGAGAAGUAUUCGCUGCCAAUGUGGAGAUAGGUGAUGUCCUGCUGACGAGAGGAAGAGGAAGUGUUAUGAGACCGUCGAGAGUGGUCAGCAUACGGAUCGUCUCCAAAGUCGGAGUGUACGCUCCUCUCACUAAAGCAGGCACUAUUAUUAUUGAUGAUGCCUUAGCAUCAUGUUAUGCAAUUGUUAGUAGUCACUCUUUAGCGCACGUGGCUAUGGCACCCCUUCGAUGGAUGUCAAAGUGGGAGAACCCCAAUGAAGUAGAGAGCGGUGUUCAUUGGUACGCUAAAGCGCUUUACAAAUUUGGUGAUUUUGUGUUGCCAUCGUCUUAUAAGUAUCGCUGAUCGAUGUGUUCAGUGACCCGAGUUAGAAGCGCGCGGGACGUGUCAUUUGUAGGUAUUGCUUGUAAAUAACAAUGUAAAUAAAUAAAUAAAUGUAUGCCAGUAUCGAUUAUAUGUAAAUAUGUCUUGACUACUUAUUAAUAACAAGUGUAUUAUUACGUUUUGCUUCCCGCUAUCGGAUUAUUAUUUAUUAAGUAGAUUAGCCGUAUUGCAAAUCUAUAUAAUUGUCUAGUUAAUUUAGUGUAUUUGUAAAUUGUGUCGGUAUUGUUAUUCUGCACAAUGCAGAAAUAAUUAUCUGUAUGCGCUUAUCUUUUUAAGUAGUUUUACUUAGUUUUGUAGAUAUAUUUGUAAGACAUUGUCUUAGCCUCCUCGUGUAUUCAAUUGUUAUUUAUACUAUAGCUUUCUUUAAUUAAAACUAAUGCGGCUGCAUUUAAUGUUUAUAUUGUGAAAGAAUAAGAAAACAUCUUUGCAUGAAAGUCUUUGUUCUUUAAAGAUAGAAACAAAUUUUUGACUAUAGGUUCCGCUCAUUGGUUACUAUAACAUAUCUAAGGCUGGGUUGCACCAUAACUUAAGCAACAACAGACAUGUUAAAGUACUGGUUAAGCAAACAAUGUGUUCCACCAUUUGACAACUUUUAGAUGACGACUUAACUUUAAAUGUUAACCGUUACUCUCCAUCUAUCGCUCUAUAUUCGCCGGUUAAAGCUAUUGUUAAAUAGCCAAAUUACGACCUGUCAAAAGUUUCAAAUAAAUAUUCAAUAUUGACUUGAUAUGUCUCUUUUUAACUAUAACUAUGCUAAGAUAUACGAUAGUGCAACACAUCCCGCAGUCUAUGUCAAAAUCAGCGUUACUAAUAACUUUCAAUUUGACUUCAACCUUAACUAUUACAGCUAAUAUAGUGCAACUCGGCCUAAGUAUCCAUCGCCACACUGUUCUAUUUAACCAUGUAUCUAUUUCUAUCACAGUUGCCAGCCUAUCACUAUUGAUAAUCACUGACGCGAAACAGUAUUAAAUUUUCUAAACUAGACAUUCCAUUGCACUAAUAUUUUACGUACUAACGCUUUAGACAUUUAUUGAGUUGAUGAAUUUGUGAUCUUGGUACCUAAAUCAGUGCCUUAGAUUUUAUUUAUUAUUAUAGGCUAGUUAUAUAUUUAAAAAAUUGACGUUAAUAAAACCUUUAAUCCUAUUAAUAAUUUAUUUUGCGGCAUGUGUUUUAUAUUCGUAUAAUAACCGAUGGCUUUAUUUAUUUUUCUCUCUACAAGUAUGCGAUAAGAUUUUCUUUAUUUAUUAUAGAAAACUAAUUAAGUAAAAGUAUUAUAGGCGUUCCUAUGUGAAUAGUAAUCUGAAUACAAUAAAUGUAUUGCCAUAUUUUUAGACAAUAACCUUUUUCUCGUAACAAUAAUAAUAUGUACUUAACUUUCACUGUUUAGUAUGAAUUGUUCCAAAGUGUAUAAAAUUAACUCUGUACUUAUUCUGGAUUUAUAAUUUUAAGGUCUUGAACUGAAUAUGGGUUCCUAUUGUACUGAACUUUAGUUUAAUAGUUUCAAAACGCAACACCUACCUACAUAUUAGGUACUUCAAUAGGUAUACUCCAAAAAAUAAUUCAAGUUAUAAAAAAUAUAAUUAUUAUACAUAACAUAUAUGCAUAUAUUAAAUGAAUUUAUAAUGUAGGCCCUUACGAGGUAUGAAAUAAUCCUUAUAUCUAGUUGUUUGAAUAGAUUUUUGAAGCUUUAACUAUUAAUAUACAGAUGCCAUAUCUCGCUAUUGCCAUAUAUGAUUAUUGUAUUACAAUAUUCCACGUGCAUAUUUAUAACAUUGAAAUUGUAUUUAAAGAAUAAGAAAGUUGCGCUUUUAUAACAAAUAAAUAGUAUGACAUUGAAAUAUCUAUAUUUUUGAUUACUUUUGAGUCCAUAUAACACGUGUGGAACAUGGAUACAUGAGAUGUACACAUUGUUAAAGCUCAUAUAUGGCAACACUAGUUUUAUAUAGAGCCCAUUAAUUUUAUACAAAUUAACAUACAUGAUGAAACUACUUAAAUAAAAUGUUGGCUUUGUAA